UCUCUUAGAGAUAAGUAAACACGAGAAAUUUUGGCCCUGCCGGUAGCACCCACGUUACUCUACUACCCGAUUGACCGUAUGUGUUUUUGUUUGUUUUUGACUUUAUUUUUUACUGUUAUCUAUUGAAACGAUACGUCGAAAGUGAUCUAUUUAUAAAUUCGAAGGAAGAAGGAAAAAUUGAUAAAAUAAACUAGUAAAUAAUAAGUAAACUAUAGAGUAAAAAUAAUAAUCAGUUUUGUUUGAUUGUUUUCGCUUUACUUUUCGUUUAAAUUUUUAUCACAACUUCACGCGUGUGACAUGUGAAUUUAUUAAAUCUUCAAAAGUUCUAUUAACAUUGCCAGUCGCUGUUACUAUUGUACAGUCUCAUUCCAAAAGUUUCGGCUGAAUUGUUAUGAUAACAAUAUUUCAUUUAUAUUGGAGUAGCAGAGGCAGCUAAGAAGCUCUUAGAACAGGACUUGAAGAAUGACGUCUUGUCUGAGCAAUCCGAGUCCCCCAGGAGCAUUUUCUUCUGGGAGCAGUACUCACUCUCAUCGUAGAUCACCGUUGGAUCUCGAGUCGUCCAGCGUGGACUCGUUAAUCAGCUCGCUUCUUCAAGCUGUCGCAGGGGAAACCUGUGGCAACUGUGAGGAGCAUUCCUCAUCUAGAAAUGGAGCACAGGCUGUAGCGAGAUGUCAAGAUUGCGGGGAACCUCUUUGCGAGACUUGUGUCACCGCCCAUCGAAGGGUUCGCCUCACAAGAGACCACAGAAUCGAGCGUUAUGUAGGAAGUGAUACACCCAGCCCACCUUCGGCUCCAGCGUCUUGCUCACCUCCUGUAUCGACGUCACUUUAUUGCGAGAUGCAUCGUGAGGCUCAGCGCUUCUAUUGCGAAACGUGCGGACUACCUGCUUGCGGAGAAUGUGGAGUCAGAGAUCACAGAGGACACGUUUUAGUUUAUUUGCUGGAAGCAGUCGAAGGAGCAGGAGUUAUGGCUACCCAAGUCUUGGGAGAAGCUAGAGUUGGGAUUGCUGCUGUUAGAGAAGAUUUGGAGGCAGUACAGAUCGCUGCCGAAGGUGUAGAGCAAAAGGCACGGCAGGCAGCUUCUGAGGUGAGAACAGCUGUGCGCAGAUUAGCUUUAGCAUUAGAAGAGAGAGAACGAGAAUUACUAGCCAGAGUCGAGAGAGCAAGACUCGUGAAAGGAGCUGCUCUUCAAGCCAGAGCGGAUGCAUUAAGAGCAGCUUUGACUCGACUUUCAAGAACAGUGGAAAGACUGAGCGAAGCUAUGGAUACAAAUUCCACGAAUAACCCAGUGGAACUUUUGCGGAUCAAGGAAAGAGCUGCAACGGAGGUUGUUCACAUUCGUCAAGCACAAAAUGCUCUUCCUCCUAGAGAAGAACACUGGAUAUCGUUCACAGGCCCUGAUGCGACGGUUUUGCACGCUAUCGCCUCUAUGGGAUCAGUGGUCGUUAUAAAUCCAGGGCCAGUGGGAGAUCGACGAGCUGUCAGAGGUCGGAUGACCUUGGAAGAAACUGCCAUGGCUAAUGGGGCACCAGUGAGCUUUUCAUCGAGCACCAUACCCCGAGGAAGACCGGUAUUAGGUAAUCCUUUUCCCAUAUCUGUACGAACCAGCCACAGUUUCAGUCCGAUGGGAUUUAAGCCUGUGUCCGUGUGGGGUACGGAGGGUGACAAUGAAGGUGAACUCUGCCGACCUUGGGGUGUCUGCUGCGACAAGGAUGGCCACAUUAUUGUAGCCGAUAGAUCGAACAAUCGUAUUCAAAUUUUUAGACAAGAUGGGACCUUUGUUAGAAAAUUUGGCACCCAGGGCUCGGGGCCCUGCCAAUUUGAUAGGCCUGCCGGAGUGGCUGUAGAUGCACGAGGACACAUCGUGGUUGCCGAUAAAGAUAAUCAUAGGAUUCAAAUGUUUACGUUGGAAGGUAUUUUCCUGCUGAGUUUUGGCGAGAAAGGUAGCAAGAGUGGGCAAUUCAAUUACCCUUGGGAUGUGGCUGUCAAUUCCGAGGGCCAAAUCGCAGUUUCCGAUACGAGAAAUCACCGCGUUCAAUUGUUCACCAGUGAGGGAACGUUUCUGAGAAAGUAUGGAUUUGAGGGUUGUGCCGGACUAUGGAAGCACUUCGAUUCGCCCAGAGGAGUUGCUUUCAGUCCUGAAGGCUGUGUUGUCGUAACAGACUUUAAUAAUCACAGGUUAGUUGUCAUUGAACCAGAUUUUGUGAAUGCGAGAUUUUUAGGCGGCGAAGGAACCGGCCUGAAACAAUUCUUGCGACCGCAAGGUGUAGCUAUAGACGAUGAUGGGCACAUCGUGGUGGCUGAUUCAAGAAAUCAUCGAAUUCAGGUAUUUGAACCUUCGGGAGGGUUACUAUGGAAAUUAGGGAGUCCUGGCAAAGCGCUCGGCGAACUCGAUAGACCCUCUGGUGUCGCGUUAACACCAGAUGGGAAAAUAGUAGUAGUUGAUUUUGGCAACAACCGAAUCCAAGUUUUCUAAGUUUUAAUAGGAAACCACUACCCAUCACCGUAAUCAACUACACAAAUUCAAUUCCGAAAUUUCUGGUUCGAAAUUCUCAUUAUUAGUUUAAAAAGUAUAUAAAGUUGUAAUUUGUGGUCAUGAUUAAAGGGUAUUUCACAAGGGGUAUGUAGUGUUAGAUCUGUUUAAGAUAAAUUUUCAAAGUUAACCGAAGUUUGAUGUAUAUUCCGUCAUAAUUGGAAUUUUUCAAUUCAAAAAUAGUAUUCGAAAAAUUUAAUAAUCGAGUAGUUAGUAAUUCGAAGCUCUGACGAAUAAUAAUAAUAAUAGAAUAAUCAUUAGCAAAAUAUUCAGGAGUUGUGCAAGUUUUCUUCAAUAUGAACCGAAGAAACUCAUGUAAUACAAUUACGUCUUGUUAUAUUAUUUUAAUACGGUAUAAUAUUAUUUAAAAAACAGUAUUCAUAAAACGUCGCAUAAAAAUAUUUUGAAUAUUAAUGUAGACUUUAUUGUUACUACGUAUCCCUUACAUAUUUGACCAGAUGAAACAAUAAGAUUUAAGAAAGAAGUUGAAAGAAAUUAGACCGCGUCUACCUCACUACAAGAAGUACCACAUCUAAUAAAUGCAGUCGAUUGUUUUUUCAAAGUUUUUAUAUCUGUCUGAUAAUUUUUAGAAGUUUAUCGUCUACAUUGCUGUCUAGCGGAACUUUAUGAUCGUAAAAAUAAUCUCUUAUUUUCCAAAAAUACAAAAGUGGUAAGCUACUUAGUAAUAGAAUAAUAUUAAUAAAUGAAUAAGGUAACUACAAUAUCUUAGAAUUUAACAAAGUUACAGUCAGUUGAAUGACAAAGAGAUUGACUUAAAAUGAUAAGUGUGCUAGUAUCGCACGUGCAAAAACUCAUUUGUCCAAAUAAUUUUUAUCAUUAGCAUGUUACGUAUUAAGAUUAAUUAAAAACAGGAAAACGAAACAAAAACAAAUACAAAAAAAAAAAAAGAUAAAGAACCUAAAAUCAAAUAAUCUAUCCAAAGUUAGCGGAACGCUUAAAAGUAGAAGGUGUAUGUUUAAUGAAUGUGAUUAUGUUUAAAUUUAAAGAAAACAUGAAAAUAUUAUAUUUAAGUGGGCAUCGGCUGACACUAGAGUCCCUGUAUGCGCCUAAACUGCGUCUGACGCAUCAUUUCUUCUUUUUUAGUGCUGCGACUUAGUAAAACACGGAUCUAACUAACAAUUAGAAAAAUUUGAGGAUGCUUAUUCCGUAUAUAAUUGUUACUAUUCUAUACCUUGUGAUUUAUAUAAUUUUUUGUUCAUUUAUGAUAUUAUUCCUUACAACUACUUGGCUCGUGGCAAGAACGCAUAGUUUUCGAAAGAGGCCUUACGAGAGAGAAUUAUUUAAGCAGCGCUACAAUUAAUAUUAAACCAAACGUUGAUCAAAACAGUCCCUAUUUAUUUAGAUAAUAUCGUGAAUUUUUAAUGCCCUUAUUAACAUUAUUAUUACUUUCAUUGUCAUUAUUGUUAUGAUUAUUAUUAUUAUUAUGAAUAUUAAUAUCGCUGUCGUCUUGGUCAUUAUGAUUUUCAUCAUUAGCGUUAUCAUCUUGUUGCUUAUGAUAUCUCAUAUUUAAAAGGCAGCCAGACAGCUUGACCGAAUUUACAAUGCCGACGGUUUGAAGAGAUCGGAUAAUAGAAAGGGGAUGAAAAUAAUCUCACACAAUAUUCUACCUGACUCGAAGUGUUUGACCUUUUAUUCUCUUGUCUUUCGACGCGCUCGCUACCGUAUAAAUGCAAUAGCUGCGUACACUUGGGCUCAAUAAUUCCAAAAGAUUUUGCGUCAUCAAGUUAUAUUUAUUUUAUUGUAUUUUAUUUUUUUGAAUUCUUGGCCAAAUUUCUUAUUACCACGCAUACAGGGCAUAGAUUAUUAUUGAUUUUUUCCGAGAUGCAAAAUGAUAUGGAAAUAACGAAUCCUGUCAGCAAUUGGCUCUUUAAUUAUUUAGAGUUUAAAUGAAUGAAAUAAUUUUUAAUGAAUAUUGAUUGCACACACCAGUAAGACUGAUUGAAGACUGAUGCAAAGAAUUAUGUUGUAUGUUGUCCAAAAAAAGAAAAAAUUUGAAAAAAUUGAAAAAAAAAGAAAGGAAGAAGAAAUAAAAAGAUGAAAAAAAACGAAAAUAUAUAAUAAUAUUGAUAGUCUACUGUCCUAGAGAGUUGCCAUGUCUUUUUGAUCUUCCUUAGGGUUAAUUUUAUUUCGGUAUAAAUGUAAUUAUUCUAGGUUUUAGUGCAAGACUUGUACGUAUAUGUAGCUAAAGAGUAUUGAUUCGGUGAAUAGGAUACGGGUCACAAUGUGUUUAUGAAUCGAAGUUUCAUUAUUACUAUUUAUCAAGAUUUGAUGACAUUAUAUCACACUUUGCAGACAAGGAAAAAAAUAUUCUAAUUACAAAGUUAAAUUAGAAUGAUUAUCUUUCGCAAAUUGAAUGCAUCAACUUUGACUGGGUGGUCCGGAAAAGCAAUUGCGAACUGCGCGAAUAAUUAUAAUCAACCAAAAUUUUACACAUUUGCGUGAAUAGGAAAAAAUCAAUGUUUAUGGGAUUACAAAAAAGAGAUUAAAGUACGAGGAUAUGCCCACAAUUGGCCAUUAUUUUAUCCCACCGAUGAUUGAAUAGAAAUAAACCAGUGGCUACUGGUUAUGAAAAUUUUUCACUCGCAAACUUUUUUGCUCCGUAUAAGUAUAUGCAAAUGACUCGAUAAAGUGUUGCUAAUUUUUUUUUGUUAUCUUUUUUUUUUUUUUAUUUUUUCUUUCAAUUUUUCAAAUUUUCUUAGUGAAAGUAGGUAUUUAAAAAUAACUUAAUAUUUCACUUACAAAGAAAGAAAGUGUCGUAACGGAGGAUAGUCUAACUGAAAAUGAAAUAUACGGCUGAUUAUUUGAUAUAAAUUAAUGAAAUUAAGUUCUUUUUUUUCUACACAUAUAACGAAUGUAUUACGCAGUUUGAUGAUACUGACUCAGAGACUGGACGAAACAUAAUUAAGGAAAUUUAAAUAGUCUACGGUUUUAAGAAAACUAAUCUGUACGUAAACUUUUAAUGUAACAGAGAACAUGAAAAAGUACUCAAUCUCAGGAUUAAUUUGCUCACACUACGGUAAUAAUUUCGUAAUAGAAAUACAUAUUUCCGUAUGGCUCUUACGAGCAUAGAUUCUUGAAUUGAUUGGUGAUGAAUUUUUCUUACGUUUGAUACCAAAAUAUAAAAGACACAAUUCGAGAAAUUAGUACAAAUGAGCAAAUUGACACUUGCAUACAUCUCGAUUCACAAAAUGUAAAUGCAGAAUAUUUAUUUUCUUAACCACGUGUAAGUAACCUUCAUCAUUAAUCUUUCUCUAUCUAUGCCAAGUCAGUUGAUUUUUUUUUUAUUUCUUAUUUUUUUUUUAAUUUUCACAUACUGAGAAGAAAAAAGAGAUAAAACAAAACCAAAAAUACAGAUGUUUUUAAUUUUUUAUAUAUAAAAUGUACACAUACGUGUGCAGUAUACCUGAAGAAUGCUUGCACUAUAUGUAUAUUCAUUUAGAUCUGUUAUACAGUACAAAAAUUUGAGACUCGGGAUAGAAAAUAAAAAAAUAAUGAAAUAAUAUAUCUUUCUCAAUAUCCAAUUAAAAUAUAUUACCUAUACAUAUGGCUUGCAAUAGUCGCACUAAAAUAUUGUUGACGAUAUGGAUAAACGUUUUAACAUUCUGGAAUCUAUAUCUGUAACAGCGGCACCUUAAAAACUUAUGUAAAAAUCAGUCAUAUUUUGAUUUCGUUACCCGAAAAAAUUUGAAAAAGAAACAAAUUAAAAAAAAGCCUGAUUGCAUCAAGUACAUACGACAGCAGCAGGUCCAUUGUUUAAUCGGUGCCAAAUAUAUGUAUAUUCUUUUCUCCUUAUAUUGGUGCUUUGAAUUGCAGUAAACGGAUGUUAUUCCAAGCCUCAUAUCUCAGGAUUGAUUAUUUAAUUAUUUUCUACGGAUAGUUUAAUUUUGUACAACUAACGAGAUAUAGUAUAUCUGCUCUUCGUCUUUUUAUACCGUUCACUAUGUUAUCGCGUUACUUCAUCCAGAGUAUAGCAAGGCGUCACUUAUGAAAUAAUGCUUUUAAAAAAUGUAUAAUUAUUGUAUACCACGCAAAAAAAACACCCUAAAAUAUCUAUCGGGAAUCAGUGUGAAAUGGAACCUGGAACAUAUGCAUCCCCCAUUUACAAAUACGUAAACCUUUGGAAUAUUAAAAUGUAUAAUUAAGGUCCGAAGAAAAUUUUCCACUCUGUUUACUCAUUACGGCGUCACAUUGGUGAAAAAUAUUUGUAACCCAUGCUAAUCAACUUUUUAUACUCACGUAAAAACCUAAAAAUUAUUUUAUUAUUGUUCUCAACCCGCCAGAAAUAAAAUAAAAUUAUGCAGAUAACCAUUUCAUAAUCAUGCAUUGAUUCCCAUCUAUGCUGUACGCCAAAAUAAUAUCACACUGUCUUAUUACUAUACGUUAAUAUACAAUAUUCAACAUAUUAAUGUACAAGUGAGAAUGUGCAAACAAUUAAUAUUGUGCAAGAGUGAUUUGAAAUGCCAUGUACAAAGCUAAGUUGUGCUAAGUUAAGUUGAAAAACGAGCUAUAAUGAAGAAAGAGAAGAAAGAGAAAAAGAAAUGAAAUUAUAAACCAAUAUACGCUACUAUGUUCCGCAUUAAUAAUAACGAUAUUAACAAUAAUAAUAUUAAUAAUAAUAUAAAGAUUGAAGUUUUCUUGAAUUUAUAUAUGAUGAUUAAAGAGAAAAAAAAACAAAUAUGAGAGAUGAGAAAGAAAAAAACGUGUAAAAAAUUCAACAAAAGCAAAUUUAUUUGUCAAGUGCAAAUUUUAAUUGUUGUUGAUCAUGAAGCAAGCCUUAUAAAAAGCACAAAAACGAAGAAAAUAAUAACGAUAAUAAUUUUGUUUCCUAAUUCAUGUUUUGCUUUUGUGGAAAUACAAAGAACACAUUUUUAAAAAGUAAGUCAUAGUAAUUAUACAUAUGGGAUAUUAAAAAAAAAAAAAAAAACGAAAAACAAAGUUAUAAAGAACAAACAAAUUAAUAUCACCAAGCAAUAUACUAUUAUAUGCCCAAAACGAAAACAAAGAGAGAUGAAAUAAGAAAUAGAUUGAAGAAUUGAAAAAAAAAACAUUAAAUGAUCAAAUUGAUAAAUAUUAUGAUACUAAAUUAAGAGGAUUCUUGGCAGUUCGGUUUAAAAUUUGACAAAAAAAAAAAAAAUAAAUUAAGAGUAUUGAUGUAUAAUUCAGUUGACAGAUCACGGUGUGAGUUACCCAUUUUUAUUAUUCUUUAACUGUGUGCUAAUAAUAAAUAUCAUGAUAAAUAUACAGCCUAAUGUUAGCAGCGAAUUAACACGUGAUGUAAAUCAUUCAUAUUACGAUGUGUAAUUCAAUGUGCAAAAUAAAGUUCCUAAUUUCUUUGAA